GCAAUGAAAAAUCAGACAUCAGUGACAGAGUUCAUCCUCCUGGGACUAACAGAUGACCCAGACCUACAGAUCUUGAUUUUUCUCUUUCUGUUUUUUACCUACAUAUUGAGUGUAACUGGCAAUUUGACCAUCAUCACCCUCACCUUGUUGGACUCUCACCUCAAAACCCCCAUGUACUUCUUCCUCAGAAAUUUCUCCUUUUUAGAAAUAUCUUUUACAUCUGUGUCCAUUCCCAGAUUCCUAAUCACUAUCUUAACUGGGGACAGGACAAUUUCUUAUAAUGUUUGUGCAACUCAAUUAUUUUUUUUCAUCCUUCUGGGUACAACAGAAUUUUUUCUGCUGGCUGCCAUGUCCUAUGACCGCUAUGUGGCCAUCUGCAAACCCUUACACUACAUGACUAUUAUGAACAGCAAAGUCUGCAACCAGCUUGUGAUCAGCUCUUGGAUGGCAGGUUUCCUCAUUAUCUUUCCACCAGUUAUUAUGGGCCUCCAACUGGAGUUCUGUGACUCCAAUGUCAUUGAUCAUUUUGCAUGUGACUCUUCUCCUGUCCUGAUGAUCUCUUGCACAGACACCAAGUUCUUAGAAGUCAUGAGUUUUUGCUUAGCUGUGUUCACACUCUUGGUCACUUUGGCAUUAGUGAUUUUGUCUUAUGCAUACAUCCUCAGAACUAUUCUGAGAAUUCCUUCUGCUCAGCAAAGGAAAAAGGCCUUUUCCACUUGUUCCUCCCACAUGAUUGUUAUCUCCAUUUCUUAUGGAAGCUGCAUCUUCAUGUAUGUCAAACCCUCAGCAAAGGAAGGGGUGGCUAUGACCAAAAGGGUAGCAGUACUGAAUACUUCUGUUGCUCCCAUGCUGAACCCCUUCAUUUAUACCCUGAGAAAUCAGCAAGCAAAGCAAGCUGUUAAGGACAUGUUCAGAAAGAUCUUUAACUCAAACAAAUGA